AAGAUUUAAAACCCAUUUCAUUCUCUGAUUUAUUUAUUUAUUUUUUGGAUGCACUUUAUUCUUUCAUUUUAAAUGUUUUUCUGCGAUCUGGAAACACUGAUUAAAGGAACAAAACAUCAGCCUUCUCUUUCCCUUCUUUCCUCUCUUCUAAGAUUCAGAUUAUAAAUAUUUGUAUCAAAUACUUAUGGAUCUGUCAGGUACAUGGGAAGUCAUCUCCAUAAGAAGAAAAUUUAUUCUUUACAAAAAUUGAAAGCCGGAAGGGGGAGAGACGGUUCAAAAGCGCCUAGCCUACCUUGUCCUUCCCUUAACCCGUUCAUUUCUUCUUAGUACAAGCCAAAACACAAACACCUAUUUCUCCAAAAACCUUCAGAUCUCCAAAACCCAUCUCCAAAACCCAUCUCCAGUUUCCUUCAUAAUUUCAUCUACAAUGAGGGAUAUUGUUUCUUGUUUUAGUGAAAAUGCAGUAAAUGUGUCUCAUUCUUCUUGUUCUAGCUAUUCAGGCAAUGCUUGUAUCUCUCCCACCCUAAUCCCUUCUGUCCAGAAGGCAGUGACCAGUCUUUACAGAGUCAUUCUCUGUUCCUCCCAAAAGCAGGUCUUGAUCAAAGUCACCUGGUGCCGGAACCAAACCAACCAAGGCCUAACCAUGCACUUUGGGGACGAUCCGUCAGCCUGUUUCAAGCUCAACACCAAUUCCAGGCUGUUCAGGAAGAAGAAAGGCAGCAAAUUGGUUGAAUCUGAUCAUAUGAAGAUCGAAGUCUUCUGGGAUCUCUGUAAUGCCAAGUAUGAUACAGGACCUGAACCUGUUGAUGGGUUUUUCGUCCUGGUCAUGGUUGAUUCAGAGAUUGGCCUACUUCUAGGAGAAAACACGGCGGAGGAAGUCGUCACCAAGAAGUUCAAGACAACUACUCCAGCUAAAGUCUCCUUAGUUUCCCGGCAAGAACACUGUUCCGGCAGUACCCUUUAUUCUACAAAGGCUCAAUUCUCCGAUACCGGAAUUUCACACGACAUCUGGAUCAAAUGCAGCGGCGAAAACGAACGCCAAAAGCAUCCAACUUUAUCCGUCUGCAUAGACAAAAAGAUGGUGAUCCGUGUGAAGAGAUUGCAGUGGAAUUUCAGGGGAAACCAGACGAUUUUCGUUGAUGGGUUGCUUGUUGAUUUGAUGUGGGAUGUUCAUGAUUGGUUUUACAGUCCUGUCCCUGGAUAUGCUGUGUUCAUGUUCCGGACAAGAAGUGGUUUGGACAGCAGACUUUGGUUGGAGGAGAAGCCGGUCCAGAAAGAACAAGACAAAGUUGAGUUCUCAUUGUUAAUCUAUGCUUGUAAGAGUUCAUGAAAAACUAACUUGUUCUUGUUUGCUCUCGAUUUAAUUCUUUUUAUUCUCUUCGUUUUCUUCUACUUCUUUAUUUUCUAACAAUUUGAGGGAAAUUGAUACCUAAUUCUUUGAUCAUUUUGAGCAAAGGAAAUAACUUUUGGAGUGCAGAAUCUGAACUUUUGGAUGAUAGAUAUGAAGGUUGAUCAUGUACUCUGUUCUGUUCUGUUCAGCUGAUUCUUGUUUCAUCUUGACUCAGAAUUUUACUGAAAGUUGACCGUAUGUAAUUAUUAUUGGAGUCUCACUUAGAUAUGAGAGUCGUAAAAAUAUGAGAGGGGUAAAAAUGUGAAUUUAGUGUCUUUUUUUUUUUUUUGUGGUGAGGUUCAAAUAAUUGAAAGGUGUGAUG